UCCACUUCCUCGGCGCGCGCACUCACACAAACGCACGCACACACACGCACACGCUCGCGCUGCAACUCCACACAUCCGCGCGCGCACAGCCAUCCCCCUGCUCAUCCCGUUCCCGGACCACACAGGCGCGCGCGAAAAGAGCCCCCCAAAAAAGGAGCUAGCAGGGAGGAAAACGCACCCGAAGCGAGCAAUGCUCUCUCCCCCCGAUGCCUCACGCCGUUUGAGAGCGAGGCAGGAUGAGUAUCGUGUCCUCCGGAUUCUUGGCGCGCGUCUACUUCGGAGUGCACGUCGUGCUCCAGUCGCUGGUGGGACCCGGACCCGGGCCCGGGCACGCGCACCCGCAGCCGUGCCACAUCCUCGCGCGGAUCGGCCACACCGUGCGCCUGGGUGCGCUCGUGCCUCCGCAACAGGCGCUGCGCGUGCAGGCGGCGCUGGACCGCGCGCUGGCCGGCCUGGCGCGCGCCGGCGGCAACCUGCUGCCCUACAACCUGAGCGUGGAGAUGGUGGCGGGCGAGCCCACGAGCGCCGACCCGGAGUCGCUGUUCCGCUGCGUGUGCCAGGCGGUGGUGGUGCGCGGCGUGUCCGCCGUGCUCGCCUUCCCGCAGAGCCACGAGGAGCUUGUGCACGUGGACUUCAUGGCCUCGUUCCUGGAGAUCCCGUUCGUGAGCAUCAUUGAGCACGGGGAGCCGCUCAGGACGCAGAACCGAUUUCACCUGCAGAUGACGACCCGGAUCCCGCCGUCGGGGCUGGCCAUGCUACUGCUGGCCGUGCUGCAGCGGAGUGGCUGGGAGGAGGGCAUGGCGGUGCUCUGCCAGGGCUGGGAGGAAGCUGGUCUUCUGGAGCUCCUGGAGCAGCAUGGCGGCUCUCGCUGGCACCUGCGGGCCACCCUCAACCUCUCGCACAGCACGCCCGACGACAUGGACAUAUCUGAGUUCCUAGCAGAGCACUUCAGCCAGGACCAGCCUCCGCCGGCCUCCGUGCUGCUGUUCGGGGACGACCCGCAGUGUGCCUCCUCCGUCCUGCACAGCGCCCACAGCCUGGGCCUCACCUUGCCCACCAUGCACUGGAUUAUGGGAUACCCCUUAAGCCCAGAUGCUCUGCACUCUAUCGGCCUGCCGUUGGGGCUGUUGGCCUACGGCGAGGUCGACCGCAAGCCUCUGGACUACUACAUUGGCGACGCUCUGCAGCUGGUCAGCCGAGCCGUUGCCGCCGCCACCAUCAUUCGGCCGGACCUGGCCCUCAUCCAGAACAUGGUCAACUGUUUCGACAAACCCAACAAACAUGAACUGCCCUCAUCUGGGCAGUACAUUUCCAGGUUCCUCUCUAAUACGACCUUUACAGGACUGACCGGUGCGGUCAGUGUGCAGCGCAACAUAUCACGGGUCCUCACCUCACAGCGCGUCCACGUGUGGAGUCUGCGGAGGGACGCUGUGGGUCAGCCCACCUGGGUGACGGUGGGCAGCUGGGAAGGUGGUCAGCUGGAGGUGGAGGAGCAGGGGCUGUGGCAGGGCUCUUCUCGGCGGCAUCGGGCCGAUGGCCAGAGGGGACGUGAGGGCAGUCGGUGGAGGGCUGGCUUCCCCGUGACGGGCAGCCGGGUGCGAGUGGUCACCCUGGUGGAGCACCCGUUCGUUUUCACCCGGGAGGUGGACGAGGACGGGAACUGCCCUGCUGGUCAGUACUGCUUGGAUGCAGGGACCAACAACUCAGACACUCUGGACCGGUUCUUUACGAGUCGGGCGCAGGGGAACAACACUUUCCUCCCGCUGGAUUACAGCAAGUGCUGCUACGGCUACUGCAUCGACCUGCUGGAGAAGCUGUCCGAGGACAUGGAUUUCGAGUUUGACCUCUACAUAGUGGGGGAUGGCAAGUACGGGGCGUGGAAGGGCGGGCGCUGGACGGGGCUGGUUGGAGACCUGCUGAACGGUGUUGCGGACAUGGCCGUCACCAGCUUCAGCAUCAACUCAGCACGCAGCAAAGUGAUGGACUUCACCAGCCCCUUCUUCUCCACCAGUUUAGGCAUACUGGUGCGCAGCAAGGACACAGCGGCCCCCAUUGGAGCCUUCAUGUGGCCGCUGCACUGGUCCAUGUGGGUGGGAAUAUUCGUGGCGCUUCACAUCACCGCACUCUUCCUCACUCUCUACGAGUGGAAGAGCCCCUUCGGCAUGACGCCGCACGGACGCAACCGCGUGAGGGUCUUCUCCUACUCGUCAGCCCUCAACCUGUGCUACGCCAUCCUCUUCGGCCGGACUGUCUCCAGCAAAACGCCCAAGUGCUGGACCGGUCGCUUCCUUAUGAACCUGUGGGCUAUCUUUUGCUUGCUGGUUUUGUCCAGUUACACGGCCAACCUUGCUGCAGUCAUGGUCGGGGAGAAGACUUUUGAGGAGCUUUCUGGAAUACAUGAUGCCAAACUCCAUCAUCCAUCCCACGGGUUCCGCUUCGGCACAGUGCGUGAGAGCAGUGCUGAGGACUACAUGAAGAAGAGCUUCCCCGAGAUGCACGAGUACAUGAGGAGAUUCAACGAGCCCACCACCCCAGACGGUGUGGCUACUCUCAAGACAGAUCCCCCCCAGCUUGAUGCUUUCAUCAUGGACAAAGCUCUGCUGGACUAUGAGGUGUCCAUCGAUGCUGACUGUAAGCUGCUGACCGUUGGGAAACCCUUCGCUAUUGAAGGUUAUGGGAUUGGCCUGCCCCAGAACUCCCCUCUCACCUCCAACAUCUCAGAAUUCAUCAGCCGCUACAAAUCAGACGGCUACAUGGACAUGCUGCACGACAAGUGGUAUAAGGUGGUUCCCUGUGGGAAGAGAGUCUUUGCAGUGACAGAGACGUUGCAGAUGGGCAUUCGCCACUUCUCAGGGUUGUUUGUGCUGCUGUGUGUGGGCGUGACGGGGGCGUUGCUCACUCUGGCUGGGGAACACGCCUUCUACCGUCUGGUGCUGCCUCACAUUCGCCGCCGGCAGAAAUUCAAAUACUGGCUCCAUACCAGCCAGAAAAUCCACAGAGCCCUGAACAUGACGUACGAGGACGUGAAGCGGCAAAGGGGCACCGCUGAAAAAAGCUGUAACAUUCAAAAGGCACAGCCCCCACAACCGCCGCCACCCGCCUCGACGAUGUCCUUCGCAAAGUGGAACAACGCAAGCAGCGAGGCAGCCAAAGAGACCAAGGACAAUAAGAGGGUUCACUUCAACCUGGAGACCCUCAACACCCGCCGCCUUCUCGCCCGAGUGGUGGCAGAGGGGGGUCAGGGCAGUUCAGGGUCAGGAUCUGGGGCUCCAUCUGGUUCUGCUUCUAGUUCUGGGACUGCAUCUACUGGAAGUCUUCUGUCAAGAGUGUGUGAAAACGGUGGACCUGUGCCUCUGAGACCCACCAUGCCGCUUCCUUCAUCUCCGCCCUCCUUGGCGAGCCCUCCUCAGGAUGGAGAACUGGAGGAGCUACAGGAGAAAAUCGAGGAGAUACGUGGUCAGCUGAGGGCGGCGCUGGCCCGCAGAGCCCAGCUCCAGACCGCUCUCGCCAAAGAAAGGGCGGCUGUGGUGACGACGGUGACGAGUGUGACUUCCGAAGCUCCUCCGACCGUCACCGCCACCAUCUGCCGCUCACUCGUCAAAGAUCUGGAGGGGAAAAGGUGAUGCCCCUUACUGGAGUGGAGGACAGCACGGCGUGCAGUGAUGGACAGAAGGUUUUGAUAUCUAUCCCAUCCAAAAGGCUUGCACUCCUCCUGCCUGGGAUCUCCUGCGGUCUUCAUGCUUUGGCAUCAUCAAGCCUGGGAACUGCCUGGUCUUUUUUUGCUUAGAACAACAACGGCAGCUGGACAUGAUGUGGCCUAUUUUCUAAUCAAGUUCCGAAUGAACUUACAGCGUCUUAUCGAGGAGAAAUUCGAGCCAUGUAGGCCAACUGAGGCCUAGAGAGACUGCAGAGCCCUCUAGAUGUAAGGCAGCAGGAAUCAGCAUGGCUGAAUCGCUGCUCCUCAGUGGCAGGAAUGCACAGAAUCAGCUUUCUACACACUGAGAGGACCGUUUGCGCUACUCUUCAGAUUUGUUUCCGUCAGAUUUUGUGGUGGUUUGUAAGAGUACCAGUUUAGCAGUUUGGAAAAUUGGACCUAAAAUGACAAUCUGUGGCAGCAGAUGCCUCAAAGCGACAACCGGGGGUGAAAAUGGAAAAGUGUGCUGGGUUUUAGAUGAUUUUUUUUUGUUCAGUUCUACAGUAUUUGAUCUAAAAAAAUUAUAGUAUUGUUAAAUUGGAUUGAAUUAAAUUGAAUGUUUUUCACAAAUAAAGUCUAACAUAUGAAUGA